GAUGUGGGCACCGUUGGCCGAAAUCAAUUCGAACUGAGAAACAUGCUAGUCAAGGCGUUGAUUCUGAUCUCACUGGGAUUUCUUUCGCUGGUAGCAGCCCAGCAGGAGCAUCCCGCUACGGAGGUAAAGCAAUGCUCUGGAAAUAAACCCUUUCCGCUGGAGGUGCGUGUGCAUAACUGCGUGACACCACCCUGCCAAAUCGUCAAGGGAUCGACGCAGCAAUUCGAGAUCGACUUUGUCGUGGAUAAGUACAUCACCGAGCUGACAACUCUGGUGAAGGCCACCACCCUCGGAAUCAUCACGGUGCCCUAUGAACUGCCCGCGGAUGUGGCUGCCGUCUGUCCAAAUCUCCAGUACGGCGCCUAUUGCCCACUAUAUGCCACCGAGGAUGUGUCCUAUCUGUUCAGCUUUCCCAUCGGAGAAUAUCCCGAAAUCGGCGUGAAGAUCGAGAUCUAUCUGGUGGAUCAGGACAAAGAGAUUGCCACGUGCUUCGUGUGCGACAUCAAGGUGGUCAAGGGUAAUGGCGGCAAUACGGUCUACGAACUGGAUUAUCUCAACUGAAGUUGUGGCGACGUUAUUCAGCAAUUGGUUUAAAUUACUGUGAUAUACCAUUCGUUUUUUUUUCUAAAAUUCAUCGCUAAGCUCAGUCACGAUGUCUCAUGAAUAUUUAAUAAAAUUUUAAAAGCUUUACCCCCACAUAUGAGGGUGGUUUUCCUAAGUA